CAAGUACAAGGGUACACCAUCCAAUUGAGUCUUGUAUGUUCGAUUUAGCGCAAGUCUAAACUCUCAAAGAACUUCAUUUUUCGACUAGUCAAUUUCUAUCCCUUCCAGUCGCCAACUAUACUCAACCUUGUACGUAAUUUGCUACUUUUCGCGCCUUGUUACUCACGACGAUUUUUGGAGAGACGUUCCUUCGUAUAUACGCGUUGAUUUGAAAGCGUGUCUUGGCCAACCGCAUUUGCGGAUCCUAACAACACUCCACGAUUCGUCAUCAUCCUCGAGACGAUAACUGCGCCGCGCGCGCAUAGAUGGAUAAAUGGCGUCGGCAGUAGAAACUCAGGUUCCAAUUGCCAUGGGAGGCAGCGCAAUAGACGGCAUGAUGGACGGAGGCAUUCACAAAAACUUGUCGCAAGCUACCUUGCGCCCAAAUCCACCGCCAUCUCCACCCGCAACUGAGACAGACACCGAGACAGAUUCAGACGCCCCGAAUACACCACAGUCGCAAUUAGAUCCUAGGGCAAGAAUUGCAUCACCAUCGUUAAGCCGUGGGAUGGAGAUGAGCACGCCGGAUUCUAAUGUAAACAAUGCCUCGCCCGUGACUUCGCCGAUAACAUCACCCAUAACAUCUCCGCCAUACUGGAUGAACAACCACUCGAACCACACGAGAGCGAUAUCGAGCACGUCCGUCGACUCCAUACCCACAGGCGGCAUCGUGCUGCGAGACAACGAAAAUAGCGAGCUCGACGAUCGGGGGAGCGCGUGCUGGGCCAAGAGCGUCGAGAUCACGGACUACGUGACGGUCAAUGGCAGUACUACCAACAUCGGAGCCUUCGUGGUUUGGAACAUAAGAGUGGGGACUUUGAGCGGGAGUUACAUAAACAUACGGAAGCGAUACUCGGAAUUCGACGACUUUCGAUGGCGGCUGAUACGCACGUUUCCCAAUUUCGAAGCCGCAGUGCCCGAGUUGCCGCCCAAGAGCAUCGUCUCGAAAUUCAGGCCUAAGUUCUUGGAGAAGCGCCGCGCUGGCCUACAGUACUUUAUGAACUGUGUAUUAUUGAAUCCGGAAUUCUCUGGAUCACCCGUUUUGAAGGAGUUUCUCUUUUCAUGACACAUAACUUAUAGCCAGCUCAGGCUUAAAUGA